CUGCGCUCUCCCCUCCUGCUUGUUCACACACGCACUCGGCUUCAUGCUGCACACACACACACCCACCGUCUCCUCUGACUGUCUGUGUGGACUGUGCACAUCAAAGAAGAAGCUUUUUACGACUCUGCCAGGACAGUAGUGCAGUGACAGAUUUUGGACUGUUAGUGUGUGUGUGUCUGUGCGUGGGUGUGUGUGUGUGUGUAUGUGUGCUUCGAGGGAAAGUGUUGAUCCAUGUGCUUGGGAUAAAACCGGACAAGUCAUUUUUGGGGGUGUUUUUUAUGGCUAGCAACUCGGAGGCAGAGACUUUUUCUCACUGACGUAAGGACCCACUGCUCCUUCUUGUGCCAGUGUCGUCUCGCUCGACAGGAUGACAUGGCGUCCUCAGUACCGCUGCUCCAAGUUUCGCCACGUGUUUGGUAAGGCCGCCACCAAGGAGAGCUGCUUUGAUGGCGUGCCAAUCACAUGCAGCGUCCAGGACAACAACUUCUGUGCAGUCAACCCACGUUUCCUGGCAGUCAUCACUGAGUGUGCCGGGGGAGGGGCCUUCCUGGUGCUCUCUAUCCAUCAUACAGGCAAAGUGGACCCUCACCAACCCCGAAUAUCGGGCCACAGAGGCAACGUGUUAGACAUCAAAUGGAAUCCCUUCAACGACUACUGCAUCGCCUCCUGCUCCGAGGACACCACGGUGAAAGUGUGGGAAAUCCCUCCUCAUGGUGUGCUGAAGAACCUCACAGCUCCGUGGAAGGAGCUUCAGGGUCACAGCCGCAGAGUGGGCCUCAUUGAGUGGCACCCGACCGCCAACAACAUCCUCUUCAGUACGGCCUAUGACUACCAGGUGAUGAUCUGGAACCUGGACUGUCCUGAGCAGGUGAUAAAAAACCCGGUACGGACAAUCAGCCACCACACAGACGUCGUCCUCUCCAUGUCAUUCAACACAGAGGGCAGCCUCUUGGCCACAACCUGCAAGGACAAGAAGGUCCGACUCAUAGAGCCGCGCUCAGGAAACCUACAGCAGGAGACCAACUGCAAGACACACAAAGCCAGCAAGGUGCUGUUCCUGGGUAACCUGAAGAUGCUCUUCACAUCGGGCACUUCACGUUACAACGACCGGCAGUUUGCUCUGUGGGAUCAGGACGACCUGUCUGUGCCUUUGUCACAAGAGAACCUGGAUGGUUCAUCAGGAGUCCUCUUUCCUUUCUUUGACCCCGACACACACAUGCUCUACCUUGCUGGGAAGGGUGAUGGAAAUAUGAGGUACUAUGAGAUCAGCUCAGAAAAACCGUAUAUCCACUUUCUAACGGAGUACCGCUCAAACCUACCUCAGAAAGGAUUGGGUGUGAUGCCAAAGAGAGGUCUGGAUGUGAGCACCUGUGAGGUGUUCAGGUUCUACAAACUGGUGACAAUCAAGAGUCUCAUUGAGCCACUUUCCAUGAUCGUACCCCGCAGGUCAGAGUCAUACCAAGAAGACAUCUAUCCAAUGACUGCUGGUAACAAGCCUGCUUUGUCUGCAGAGGAGUGGCUCAGCGGAAUUGAUAAAGGUCCGGUGCUAAUGUCUCUGAAGCCCGGAAGUCAAGUACCAGAAUCAUACUCGGAGAUGAUGAAAGGGCGACAAAACUCGCUGGACACUCGCAGGUCUCACAGCAGACCAGGCAUGCUGCAGCUGUCUUACAUUCAGGACCAAGUGGGAACCAAAGAAGGCAAGGAGGACGGCGGCAAUACAGAGGACGACAGGAGUCGGACACCCGUCAGCAACGGAGAAGACCUCGAACUUUGCACUCCGCCCCGGACAGAGAAUGAGCUGCGAAUGAAGUUUUACAAGCAGCAGGAGGAGAUCAGACGGUUGCGGGAGCUCCUCAACCAGAGGGACGUGCGCGUCAAACAGCUGGAGCUGGAGAUUAAGAACGUCAAAAACUUCCAGUCUCACCAGAGCCCACUCUAAGACUUGCCUGACCCACUGGGUCACCUUCACCCCCUCGAGGGACACAUGCAUUACUGUACAAAACCUACUAACCCCAUCUUCAAACCACAACACCCGUUCUUAGGGCUCUGACUCACCUCUUUACCUUUAAUGGGCCCCCCAUACUCACACUCAUACUGCACAGGGGUGACUUAAACCUCAACUUGUGUGUUUGUCUGUGUGUUCCACACACACAAUGCACAUAUUCUUUGUUCAUGUACAUACACUCAAACACUGAGUCUCACCCAGCUGUAACAUGUUUUAAAACUAUUUGCACCUGUUGACCUUGACCUUUCUUUUGUACGCUUCAAAGCUAUGCAAGUUAAUUGUAAUUUUUUUUGCUUUUUAUGCUCUUUGUAGCUGGAGAUGAAACGGGAUGUCUGUGCCUGUCAUGACUGAAUAAUGUGGCUAACUGCGUGUUUGAAAGUUGUUGCAGGCCAGGAGCAGACAUCCUGUGUGAUUGUGCGAUAACGCUGAAUUUAUUUUCUAUGCUUGGUGAUUGUUUUAUUUCCAAUAUUCAAACUACUGUAAGUGGCGGUGGUGUUUUUAAUGUAUGCUUGAAUGUGUGCUUGAAUGAGACCGAGGCUAAAUUGAUGACAAUAUCAUGAUCCCUGCGGUGCUCCUGCGUUCCAUUGAGUUGCAUUUGUUUUUAUUUUUUAAUGACUGGAAAAUUGAAAAUGAAUCAAUGUGUUUCACAGCAGCUAUUGUGUAAGCCAACUCUGUAACUGAUGCCAUGUAGCAGUUCUUAAUUUUUAUAUUUAUUUUAAAAUACAGGCAAAGAAAAAAUACCAUUUGUUCAAGUACUUAAUUCCCAAUUGUAAUUUUGCUAAAUAUAGCACGCAAACAGGACAUAAAGCAUGCUUUAAUUUUUCCUGAGGUGGAGUCACUGUGAAGAAACAAUUUAAAGCCAUUUAAUCGUAAUCCUGCACUACUUCUGGGUUAGUUUGUGUUCCACUAGUUUUUAGUUCUGAAUGUAUUUUCUUUAAUAAGGUGUCUUUUAUUGCUCUUUGUAAAAGUCUGAAACAUGACACUGGGAUUUUCUAUUCAUAUUUUAAGCUGAAAGAGUAUCUGCUUCUUGAGUGGAUAGUAAAAUAUGAGCACAUCAUAGCUUGUGUGAGUGAUAGCUGGAGUGCAGGUGGGAGAUAUGAUAUAUAUGGAUAUGAUAGAAAUGUGUCUACUGUCAGAUAUCACGUAGUAUCUCUCCUGUAUUAUUCAUUCAUUUACUGAAUUAGACUUCCUAUUUCAUUCAUAUACAGUUCCUCAAAAUAGCUACAAUGGAGUACAAUCUAAAAUUAGAUUAGCAUAUUAUUUCUAUAACCCAUUUAUAUGUAAGAACUGUAGUUGUUAAAUGCUAACCCAAAUUAUUAUUUAGCUUGACAGUUCAUAGCUGACCUUGAAUGCAGCGCUGGAAAAAUAAUUCCAUCUCAUCUCUUACUCACAUGUUCUGGAUCUUUAAACAGUCUUCAUUAGCAGAUUAGGUUUGUCAGUAAGUGGAUUGGAUGAGUAGAUGAGUACAUUUUUUUACAUUUUUUUUAGAAGAUGAACAGAGGGUUACCAGUAUGAUGUUUCAUUUUUGAAAAAAACCUUUGUGUGAAAUGACUAAGCCUGAAUGAGGCUAGUGGAAGACAAAUUAGCUCAACAGGGAGACAGGUCUUCAUCUCUUAAAAUAAACAUUUGACUUACAUGUGACAAGGAAAACAUAAAUGUUUUGUUUCAUAAUGCUUCGCUGUUAAUUUAACUGCAAAGAGUUCGAUAACUAAAAUGUACACAAAGUCGCACUGAGCCCUGAGUGAAGUUUAUCUAAUGGCAUUUAAAAAUGCGUUUUCCCUCAAGGAACUUCUGAAUUGUGUUCAUAGUUUUUGCCACCAGACCAGUUUUUAAUAUUGGUUGCUUUCAGAUUUUAAACAUUCCCUUGUUCUCCAUGUUGAGAGGAACAAUUAUCUGCCAUGUAAAUAUGCAUAGAUGUUACAGAAGUGCUUGCAAAUAUUAGGCAACACAAACAGUAUAGCUGUUCGUCCCAAGAUACAGCACAAAUGAUCAUGCAUGCCUGUAUUUAUGUAGUCGGAAGGACAAGCACUAUAACAAUAUUCUAGAUUACAUUUCAUGGCCUCUAGUGAAAGACUGCCACACCAACCCACACACAUGCAGACACACUGGCCUCAAUACAAUUGUGGACCUUUUGACCUCUGACAGGACAGUUCUAGCACAGCUUCAUCUCUGGCUGACUUUUGUCCAGGAGCAGCAAUGCCCCGGCCAAAGUAAACUCUACCCACCAAUGCUGUUGGUGGAUGAGUCUCAACACAUUCCCACAGUGCACUGCUGUGGACUUGGUUAAGGGCUGAUUUGGAUGUUUGGUUACAUCACAACAGUUGUAGGUUGUACUUCCAGAGCCAUUCCAACCAGCUAAAUCCUGACUAUGUUUCCUUCAGAAUUUAUUUAAAUGUUUUUUUCCGAUCCCCAAAAACAUUUUAUUUGUAUUAUAAUAUUUCUCCUUUUCUAAAAUGUCUCUAAAAAUGCAAAUUUAAAAAAAAGGAUGUACUGUCUGACAGAAUUGUGCAUUUAAAUAACAAUCAUUGUCUAUCUUGGGAAUUCAAUGCUUGAUGCAAUUGUGCAACAACCACAAAUAAAUACUGCAUAUCUCUAACUAAAUAACAAAGCAGCUGCCAUUUUUGAUCAUAUUUCUUCAGCUGUGUUUUAUAGUGACUGAACUGUUAACAGCAGAAUUUGUCUUAUACACUGCCUUUACUGCUGGCCCAUUUUACUAC